CUGAAAAUCUCCUUCAACAUGCUUUCGCAAUGAUAAGAUCAUCACAUUUUUGAUAGAAAGCAAGAGAAGUUUGAAAGUGAAAGAAUUACCAAAACUAAAGAAUUUAAAGUCGGGUCAUAUAACAGGAAGGAUAUAAUGGUGAUAAAAAAUAUUGUCCAGCUUGCUAUAGCAGGGGUGCAAGUUGUGGGUAAAGCAUUCGGUAGGGCCCUGCAGUCAGAAAUCAGAGCUAGUCAACAGGCAGCUCAGAGACAUGGUGGUGGAAAGGAAGGGCGCAGAAAGGCUGUCGCAGACACAUCAUCAGGGAUGACUUUACAGGAAGCCACACAAAUACUGAAUGUAUCAGAAUUGGAUAGUAAUGAGGCAAUUCAGAAAAGCUAUGAUCACUUAUUUAAAGUAAACGACAAGUCAGUUGGAGGGUCCUUCUACCUACAAUCCAAGGUUGUUAGAGCGAAGGAAAGGUUAGAUAUGGAACUAAGUAAAAAGGGCCAAUCACCACCGCCACCAACAGAGGAGAAAUCCUGAUUCUGGACAGCCUAGGGUGUGUGAGAGAGUGUGUCGAUUUGUGUGUCUGUGGGACUGAUUAUGUUGGGUGUAAGAUAGAUUUUCUUGUGUGCGGGUUUGUGUAGAGGAUCUUGUUUAGUACAAAUAUUCAUCUGAGUCAGCGGUCACCACACAGAUUUAUCACUUGUGUAUAUGUAUAGGAUACAAUAAUGCUUUUCGAUAGAAUAAUACAAUUAUAUUAUUGGUGAUUUUUUAAAAUUUUCUACGUUAUGCUUGACAAAGUGUUCAAUGAAAUAAUCAUAAAGCUAUUGAAAUUAAUUUACACAUAAUUAAUUAACUACAGAAGAAGUACAUUUGGAUUUCUUGUAUAGUUCAUGUCAUUUCAGCAACGUUUUUGUCAAAGUUUUAUUACAGGGAGAUAACUCUUGAACUUUAAACACAAUUUCUGAGCUAAUUUUCAGUACUGCUCAGUAUCAUCAAGGAUUUUCAUUAUAAAGCAAUCUAUUUUUCCUGCUCAGGAGUAGUAAGUGUGUGUUAGAUUUAAGACACAUGCAACUUCAUGUAACUACUAUCAUGCACUGAAAUGCAUGGAAUUGCCAAACGAACAGUUGAUUCAAACAUACUUCAUUGCCAUAAGUUAUUAUGUCAUUAUUUAAGCCCUCUCCCAAAACAAAUUACAUUUACAGCAUUUGACAAACAAAGAGGCCAUGAAUCUAUGAUUAUAUAUGCGAUAUAAAGUUACAUCGUUCUCUGAACUAAGAAGACCAAUUAUACCUAUUGUAAUUUAAAAUCUAUUGCUAGAUUUAAGGAAAUUCUGCAUAUUUCUAAUUAUCAUUACAUUAGUGUGUACAGACAGAAUUUCAAUUCCACAAAAAGUAUUCUAAUUCAUGAACAUGUAUUUGUAUGUCCUUCAAUAUUGUUUGGAGUUCUUCUCUAAACAUUUUGUAUAUGUUACUUUGUAACUUGAAAGUGAUUGUUUGGUAUAGAUCACAAAAUAGACAAUGUGAGUUCAACAGUAACAUUUGAGCUUUUUAUACAUUGUUAGGUCAUGUUUUAAGAGGGUGGUAUUCAUUUUACCACCCAUUGAAAUGUUUUAUUUUGUUGAUAAUGAACUGUAUAGAAAAAUAAAGAUUGAUUAAAUGUAUUUUAACUUUAACUUCAUCAUUGAUUACAAAUUACCUGUGUACCUAAGAAAAUACUGCAGUUUCCAACUUGCUCUGAUAUUAGCUGUUGAACAGUCGUCGUGUUGUUUUUAGAGAGUGAGAUUUGCUAGUGAAAAGCAAGAACAUGUUCUUGAAGUAAAUCUGCACGAAAAAAUUCUUUUAUUUGGGAUGCGAAGUUUCUUGGUGCAAUAGAUUUUUUAAAUAGAAAUAGCUAUUUGUCUGCGCGUUCUCAUGUAUUUCUUUAAUAGUACACCUUGAACACAUAUUAUUGUUUUGCAUUCAAUAAUAAUGAAAAGAAAAAGAUGGAUACCUCAAAAACUCACUGCUUUCUCUUUGUUUACAAAUGAUUUGUCUAAAGAGAUAAGUCACAUCACAGUGACACUUUCAAUAAAUAAUGUUUAAAAGGAAGAAAAGAUAAUGAUGAAAAUAGGAAAAAUCAGUAGUUCUGAUCAGACAUCACAUGAUGUAUUGGAGUAUUUGAUAGAGACUGAAUAAUUCAGUAACAAGACAUUGAUCGAUUUCCACUUGGAAAGGCGUAUAACUAAACAUUUAUGAGAGAAAGAUAAACUUAUUGAAGAGAACUAAUAAUUUUAUGAUGUAGAACACCAAUUUCUUCACAAAUUACUGUACCAGGCAAUAGGAAAAGAACAAUCUCACUUAAAAAUGAUUAGCUGAUCAAAUGUCAGUUAAAUUCUUAAUCGAGCUAAUAUGGCCAAAAUUAUCCAGGGACUCUUUGUUUUAUUAGCUUCCCUUCAAAGUAUAUUUCUGGAAAGGCUUUUGUAACGCGUUUCAUUAAAAAAAAAAUUCAAUCCACGAAUUACAGCCCCUCAGCCAACACGCCGCCUCACCAAUGUGUACCCAUACAUUAAGUAUGGAGUUUCAGUGACUAGCAGUGAAGGAGAUAGAGGCGGGACAGAUGUCUUCUUUGAUGUUGGUCAAAGGUCAAAAUGUAGGUCACAGAAACCUAAUCUAAUUUUGAUACACGGCACACCGCAUCACCAAGAUAUACACAUGUCCCGAGCAUGGCAGACACCACGCAAAGUUGCAGUCACCCAACUGGGUCCCCAUAGAACACUAACAGUUAUACAAAUACUUCCCUUUAAAAUGGCGGCAUAUCGCUCUGUAGAUCAGCAUUUGUAAUGCCGGUAGCUGUGUCAAGUGAAUUAUAUAAUUCGUAUACAAAUCUACGUUUGCUUUUUAUGUCAAGAACUGUUCAUUUGCCAAAAAAACCACACAAAUUUCAUUUAAAUCAUUUAAUUUUUUAUUAGAUAUUUCAAUAUAAAAAUAUAGUUCAUUAGUUAUAACUGAUUCUGU